GCCACCACGUGUAGCUCACAUAGUCAAAAUGACCAUUAAAUAAAAUACGAAAUUUCCGUACCAAUCUGAAUCAUGCGUGUGAAUACACCGUGAAAACCACCGAUCAUCCGCCGCCUUCCCUCAACUGCCACCGUUUCCAUGAAUCUCCGCCGUGCACUUCCUCCUAAACCUCCUCUAUUCCGCCACCGUAACACUAACAACAACAACAACAACAACAAAAAUAACCAUCACAAUAACAAUCAAUCAUCAUCUUCUUCUUCUUCUUCCGGCACCGUAACCGUCGUUAAUAACCGUUCACCGUCACCAAUCCCUAAAGCAUCCGACGCAUUGCCGCUUCCUCUAUACCUAACAAACGGAAUAUUCCUCACUCUCUUCUUCUCCGUCGCCUAUUUCCUCCUCCACCGUUGGCGCCAAAAAAUCCGAUCAUCUACACCUCUUCACGCCGUCACCGUUUCCGAACUCGCCGCCAUUGUUUCUCUCAUCGCCUCCUUCAUCUACCUCCUAGGCUUUUUCGGCAUCGAUUUCGUCCAACACGACGUCGUUUCUAAACCUAAACCUAAAGUUAUGGAUUCUAAACCUAAUUCUUCACCUAAAUCUGAUACACUUGAUCUAACACAUAAUUUAGAUGAUGAAGAGAUUGUGAAAUCGGUAGUUUCCGGGACAAUUCCGUCGUAUUCGCUUGAAUCGAGGCUCGGAGACUGUCGAAGAGCGGCGGCGAUACGACGGGAGGCGGUGGAGAGGAGGACGGGGAGAUCGGUGAAAGGUUUACCGUUGGAAGGGUUCAAUUACGAGUCGAUAUUAGGGCAGUGUUGUGAAAUGCCUAUAGGUUAUGUUCAAAUACCUGUAGGAGUUGCUGGACCUUUGUUGUUGAAUGGUGGGGAGUAUAUGGUGCCUAUGGCGACAACCGAGGGGUGUUUGGUUGCGAGUACGAAUAGAGGUUGUAAGGCUGUGUAUUCUUCGGGUGGGGCGACUGCGGUUUUGUUGAAGGAUGGGAUGACUAGAGCGCCGGUUGUUAGGUUUGGGACCGCGGCGAGGGCUGCGAGUCUUAAGUUUUUUUUGGAAGACAGGAUUAAUUUUGAGACUUUGAGUAUUGUUUUUAAUAAAUCGAGCAGAUUCGCUAGGCUUCAAAGUAUACAAUGCUCUAUUGCUGGAAGAAAUCUAUACAUCAGAUUUACUUGCAGCACAGGUGAUGCCAUGGGGAUGAACAUGGUGUCGAAAGGUGUCCAAAAUGUUUUGGAUUUUCUUCACAUUGAUUUUCCCGAUAUGGAUGUGAUCGGUAUAUCUGGAAACUAUUGCUCUGAUAAAAAACCAUCAGCCGUGAAUUGGAUUGAAGGGCGUGGAAAGUCAGUUGUUUGCGAGUCAGUUAUUACCGAGGAGGUGGUGAGGAAGGUGCUAAAAACUACCGUGCCCGCACUUGUUGAGCUUAACAUGCUUAAAAAUCUUGCUGGUUCAGCUGUCGCAGGUUCACUUGGAGGCUUUAACGCUCAUGCCGCUAAUAUCGUUUCAGCAAUUUUCAUAGCCACCGGUCAGGACCCUGCCCAAAACAUUGAAAGCUCUCAUUGCAUUACUAUGAUGGAGGCGGUAAAUGACGGGAAAGACCUGCACAUCUCUGUUACCAUGCCUGCCAUUGAGGUAGGGACAGUGGGAGGUGGGACCCAACUAGCAUCUCAAGCGGCUUGCUUGAACCUACUUGGAGUAAAGGGUGCAAGCCAAGAGUCCCCAGGGUCAAAUGCAAGGCUUUUAGCAACCAUAGUAGCAGGUUCCGUUUUGGCGGGUGAAUUGUCUUUGAUGUCAGCUAUUUCGGCCGGGCAGCUUGUUAAAAGCCACAUGAAAUACAACAGAUCCAACCAUGAUAUGACUGACAGCAAUCACAUCUUAGUUGAGUAUAGAAAAAACAGUUCUAACUUCUAAGUUAAAGAUUUCAGUUCUGGCAGUCAGUCUAAGUCGAAAAAUAGCUGUAAAGACCACACAUUCAUUUGAAGUGAUCUCUCUGUGAGCCAUACCGAUCAUUUUUCCCUAACCGUCGUAUUUCUUGGGUCCAUUUCGAACCCGUGUCCAUGUUAUAUAUUGGGUCCAUUCUUGGUCUAUAUAUUGUUAAUGUGUAGCCAAUACAGGACAGGACGAGCAUGAAUUACGAGUUCUAUGAGUUGAUUAUGUACGAGUUACGAUUUUAUUUAUCAGUAUGUUUAGUCUA